AUGAUGAAUGGAUGCAUUCCACGCAAUCUAAGAUGUUACUGGAUUCACCUCAGGCACUUUAAAAGGCAGAAAUUACCAAUACUACCAGUACAGAAUGUGCCUUCAAGGAGGAAACGGUCAUUGUUAUACGGUUUUAUUGUUUUGACUGCAGUUGGAAGUGGGGGAGCCUUCCUUUUUUCUGCUGAGCAAGUUGAUUGGUCAAGAUUAUGUGGCAGUAUUUUUCAAAGUCUGAAUGAUAGAAUUCUCCAAAGUGUGGUGUCACCUGACACUCUUUGGGUUGGACUUGAAGAUGACUGGCCUGUGUAUAUGUCUGCACCACAUCACAAUGAGCUGUCCAGCAGGGUAUUAAUGUAUGUGUCUGACAUCAUCAACUUCAACAUUAAUCAAAUCUGGGACUGGUUGUUUCCAUGGGAACAAUCUAAAAGUGAUGAUCCCUGGGUGCUGCUGGAGCUUACGAGGUCUAGCAACUUUUGGAUCAGGCAAAUGGGAGUCGCUUCCCUUGCAGAUAAAGUUAACUGGCCUAGUUACAAAUACAGACUGGUAGCUCAGGCUUGUGAUCAUCGUACAACUGUAGCACUGGCCAGAUAUCCUCAUGCAAGUGAUGCCUAUUUUCUACCUCAACCAAGAAUACAUCCAUCAAAGUACAGUAUUUUACAUGACCUGAAGGACCAGCUGUCUAAGCUGCCUAUGCCUCCCUCAGUUAAUUCCUGCACCAUGUAUUAUCGUUUUGUUUCACUGGAUCAGGAUUAUAUGUUUCAGAAAGACCUUUUGGGGAUGGAUUUCUUAGCGCACAGCUAUACCCUUCCAGGAGAGGAGGAAAAGAAGAAUGAACAAGCAAUAGGAUUUUGUUUGGAGGGUAUUUCAUCAUACACAUCUGAUCCACAGUAUGCAACAAUGUUUGUGGAAAAUUGUGGUUUGGCAGUACUGCAACAGUUACUAGAAGAAAUACCAGAAAAUUGGGUACAACUUUAUGUUGCCACCAUCUUGUCAAAUCUGUCAAUGGUACCUGAUUUAUUGGAUGCCAUAGUAAGCACAGGUUGGGUCUACGUACUUCGCUUGUGGUCAAGGAGCAGUAAUGCAGCUUUGUCACUUCUUGCCCUCACAACCUUAGCCAACUUGGAUAGGGACUGGAUCUACCGGGAUUUUUACCAGGAUAUGGUGCUUUUACAUCCAACACAGAGAAACAGCCAGCCAUUUUAUGCUGAUGUUGUGCUUGUCCAUGGGUUGAGAGGAGGAGCUGUGAAAACCUGGAGGCAAAGGGAUCCGGAUAAAGACAAUCAACAGAACCAAUGUGUGUGUUCUCCGUGCUGGCCAAAGGACUGGCUUGCAUCAGAUUGCCCCAAUCUGCGGAUAAUCAGCAUUGGCUACAACUCUUCACUGCACAGAUGGGGCGACAGUUGUCCGUAUGAACAGGAGAAGCGGACAAUUGAUGGACGAAGCAGAGAAUUGCUGAAAAAGCUACAGAAGGCUGGAGUGGGCUCCAGACCCAUUAUAUGGAUAGGGCAUUCAAUGGGAGGUCUGUUAAUAAAGCAGAUCCUGUCUCUGGGCCAGCAAGAGAAUGAGUUUUCCCAGUUUGCAUCUCAGACCCAGGGAGUGAUCUUCUACAGCGUCCCCCACCAUGGUUCCUCUGUGGUUGAUGUUCUGAUGUACGCCAAGUAUCUGCUGUUUCCUUCUGUGGAGGUGCAGGAAAUGCACACACAUUCACCAAAGCUGAGUCUGUUACAUCAAGAAUUUGUUAACUUCAUGACCGUAAACUCAAUUCCUUGUCUUAGUUUUGGAGAGAAUGCAAAAACAACAUUUGGGCGCACUUUGCCAAAAGUUCUUGUAGUCCCCCUGGAAUCAAGCGAUCCAGGAAUUGGCAAGUUUGUCAGUGUGCCCAAUGAUCACAUCAACACCUGCAAGCCAUGCAGCAAAGAUGACAUUAUCUACCAGCUGACCUGUUCCUUUGUCAGGGAUAUUCUUCACCAGAUCAGAAGAUAA